CUCCCACAAUUACCCACAAUGAGCGAACAGCACACGGACGACAGCCCCUCCGCUCAAUCAAGCGCUUACACUGUGGUGGCGGCCGACAUCAUGCAGCAGGGGCAGGACCUUCAAAGGUCACAAGAGGCACUUGCCGCCCGGCUGACAAGACAAAUGGAGGAGCUGGAGGCACGACACCGGGCGGACCGAGCAAGGGAUAGAGAUGAGUGGCGACGGGAGCGCAGUGUACUUGAGGGCCGUAUUCGACAGCUGGAAGCCAACUCCAUUAUGGUGGGCAGUCUGACCUGGGAAGACGACCCCGAGUAUCAUUCACAGCCAUUGAAUGAAAGGUAUCGCAUCUACGACGGGCAGAAGCUGAAUGGGCAGCCCCACGGCAGCGGCACUGUGCGGAAACCUGGCGGGUCUGUCGUAUUCAGUGGUGACUGGCAACACGGCAAGAGACACGGCCGAGGGACGGAGUUCCGCGGUGACGGCCAGCUGGUGUACGACGGCGAGUGGGCCAACGGAGAGAAGACAAACAGAGGGGAGGGAAAGGUGGGCUUCAUGGAGCUCAGAGACGACAAGGGACAGCUGGUGGGCUACUAUCACGGCGAGACACAAGACGGGCAGCCAAAUGGCGAGGGGGAACUGCGAGACGGCCGCAACAAUGCCGUCUACAAGGGCGGGUGGAAGAACGGCAAACAACACGGCCAGGGAAGAGCAUACUACGACGGUUAUGGUCCUGUGUUGUGGUUUGAUGGCGAGUGGCGAGAGGGCCUGGCCCACAGCGGCACCCUCUUCCCUGACGGCACCUGGCAUGGAGUGAAGAAUGCUGACGGCAGCCCCCAGUGUCCCAUCACGCCCAUUCGAUGGCAGGCCGGACAGAAGAUACCCAACACCGACCUCGUGCCUGGCAGCACACGUAAGCUGCCUCAGUGCCUGCAGGGUCGGGGUCUGUCGGGAUAUUUCCCUGCGGAUGCACUGUGAUAGUGAGUGUGUCUCUCGUGGCUGUCUGGCGGUGUUUUUGGAUGGCUGCGUUCACAAACAGAAAAUCAGACAGAUGAUGGAGGGCUGAGCCUCUUGGAGAACUGAUUGAGUCUCGUGCGGCCGCAUGGGUGCCUGGCUGUUUGUGUCUAUGUCAUGUGUGCCAUUGGUCUGAUGAUCUGCGUAUAUGCACUGAAGGACAGACAGAGGGAGGGAGAGGCUGCAUUGGUGGUGCCUUGUGUUCUCAGGAUGCUUUCUGUGUGUCAUGGUGUCUGUGUGGAUGCAAUCUGUGUGCACCGACUUAAUGACGUCACUACGUAUCACGUUGCUGCCUGCUGUCUGCUUUUGUGCUCGCAUUUUCUCAAUAAGAGCGUCACAAAAUGGAGUCGGUGGUGUGAC